AUGUCCAUCGACUUCCCCAAGGAGGAGGACGUUGUCCUCAAGCGAUGGAAGGAGAUCAAUGCCUUCCAAAGGCAGGUCGAACUCUCCAAGGGUCGCAAACCGUACACCUUCUACGAUGGUCCCCCGUUCGCUACCGGUCUCCCCCACUAUGGCCAUCUGUUGGCUUCCACCAUUAAAGAUAUCAUCCCCCGAUACUGGUCGAUGAAGGGUCACUAUGUCGAGCGACGAUUCGGUUGGGAUACACACGGCGUGCCCAUCGAGUAUGAAAUUGACAAGAAGUUGGGCAUGUCUGGGUUGGAGGCCGUUGAGAAGCUCGGAAUUGAGAAGUACAAUGAGGAGUGCAGGGCCAUUGUCAUGAGGUUUGCGUCCGAAUGGCGCGAUACUAUUGAGAGGCUCGGUCGCUGGAUCGACUUUGACAAUGACUACAAGACUAUGAACACCCCGUUUAUGGAGUCUGUGUGGUGGGUUUUCAAGCAACUGUUUGACAAGGGUCUCGUCUACAAGGGAUUCCGUGUCAUGCCUUACUCCACUGCGCUCAACACCCCGCUUUCCAACUUCGAAGCUCAGCAGAACUACAAGGAUGUCCAGGACCCCGCCGUUGUAGUCACAUUCCCUCUCGUUGAGGAUCCAGAGACAUGUCUUCUUGCAUGGACAACGACCCCCUGGACCCUUCCUUCAAACACCGGCCUCGCCGUACACCCGGAUUUCGAAUAUAUCAAGAUCUUCGACGAAGCCUCCGGCAAGCACUACAUCCUGCUCGAAUCUCUGCUUCGAACGCUGUACAAGGACCCCAAGAAGGCUAAGUUCAAGAUUGUCCAGAAGUUCAAGGGUUCCGAGAUGAAGGACUGGAAGUACCAGCCUCUUUUCAACUACUUCUACGAGACCUUCAAGGACUACGGUUACCGCGUCCUGAACGCCACCUAUGUUACAGCCGAUGACGGUACAGGUAUCGUCCACCAGGCUCCCUCGUACGGUGAGGACGAUUACAAGGUCGGCUUGGAAGGUGGUGUCAUUGAUGAGAACCGUCCGCCACCUAACCCUGUCAACGCAAUGGGCUGCUUCACGUCCGAAGUCCCGGAGUUCGAGGGUCAACAUGUCAAGGCUGCUGACAAGGCUAUCAUCAAGUACCUCAAGGGCACUGGCCGCUUGAUCGUCGAUAGCCAGAUUACUCACAGUUACCCAUUCUGUUGGCGUUCAGACACUCCGCUGAUCUACCGAGCCGUUCCUUCAUGGUUUGUCAAGAUCCAGCCCAUCAUUCCACAGAUGCUCAAGGGAAUCGAGGACUCCCAUUGGGUUCCUAGCGCCGUCAAGGAUAAGCGAUUUGCUAGCUGGAUCCAGAAUGCUCGCGACUGGAACAUUUCCCGAAACCGAUUCUGGGGUACCCCGCUCCCUCUUUGGGCUAGCGAGGACUUCAGCGAAGUUGUUGCCGUAGGCAGCAUCCAGGAGCUCAAGGAGCUCAGUGGCUACGAAGGGGAGAUUACCGACAUCCACCGUGACAAGGUGGAUAACAUUACUAUCCCAAGCAAGAAGGGCAACGGUGUUCUCCGCCGCGUCCCUGAAGUGUUCGACUGUUGGUUCGAGUCAGGUUCUAUGCCGUACGCUCAGCAGCACUAUCCCUUUGAGAACAAGGAGCAGUUCGAGAAGAGCUUCCCCGGUGACUUCAUUGCCGAAGGUUUGGACCAAACCCGUGGUUGGUUUUACACCCUGACCGUCCUCGGCACCCACCUCUUCGGCAAGCUGCCCUUCAAGAACUGCGUUGUCAACGGUAUCGUGCUCGCGGAGGAUGGAAAGAAGAUGUCCAAGCGGUUGAAGAACUACCCCGACCCUUCGCUCAUCAUGGACCGAUAUGGCUCGGAUGCUCUCCGUCUCUACCUCAUCAACUCUCCAGUUGUUCGGGCUGAACCACUGCGGUUCAAGGAAUCCGGUGUCAAGGAGAUUGUCGCCAAGGUCCUCCUUCCUCUGUGGAACAGUUACAAGUUCUUCGAGGGCCAGGCAGCUCUUCUCAAGAAGACCUCGGGAAUCGACUUCGUGUGGGAUCCUAAGGUCGAAGCUUCCAACACUAACGUCAUGGACCGUUGGAUCUUGGCCAGUUGCCAGAGUCUGCUCAAGUUUGUUAACCAGGAGAUGGCUGGGUACCGUCUGUACACGGUCGUUCCUCGUCUCUUAGGCCUCAUUGAGAACACGACGAACUGGUACAUCCGAUUCAACCGUAAGCGUCUUAAGGGAGAGAACGGUGUUGACGACACUCUUCAUGCUCUGAACACUCUGUUCGAGGUUCUGUACACUCUCGUUCGAGGACUUGCCCCAUUCACACCUUUCCUCACCGAUAACAUCUACGGACGCCUGCUUCCUCACAUCCCUGAGGCCAUUCGUGGCGAUGACAGUCGGAGCGUCCACUUCCUUCCCUUCCCCGAGGUUCGUGAGGAACUCUUCGAUGAGGUUGUUGAGAGGAGAGUGGCACGGAUGCAGAAGGUCAUUGAAAUGGCUCGCGUUUCCCGUGAGCGUCGGUCUCUCGGUCUGAAGACUCCUUUGAAAUCCUUGGUCGUGAUCCACCAGGACCAGCAGUACCUCGACGAUGUAAAGUCCCUGGAGGGCUACAUUCUCGAAGAGAUCAACAUCCAGGAGCUCAUUCUGUCUACCGACGAAGCCAAGUACAACGUCCAGUACAGCGUGACUGCUGACUGGCCCACUCUGGGCAAGAAGUUGAAGAAGGACGUACAGAAGGUCAAGAAGGCUCUGCCAUCAUUGACCAGUGACGAUGUAAAGCAGUUCGUUGCCGACAAGAAGAUCCUUGUCGACGGCAUUGAGCUCGUUGAAGGAGACCUUGUGGUCAAGCGAGGCCUCAAGCAGGAUGCCUCAUCUGGGGACAAGGAGCCCGCCGCUGAUGGCGAUGUUCUGACCAUCCUUGAUGCUAAGCUGUACCCGGAACUGGCUCACCAGGGUCUUGGCCGAGAGAUCGUCAACCGACUUCAGCGUCUCCGUAAGAAGGCCGGCCUAGUUCCUACCGACGACGUCAAGAUGGAAUACGUGGUUCUCUCUGACCCGGACAGCAUCGGCAUCCAGGAUGCCUUCGAGACCCAGGCAUCGGUCAUUGAGAAGGCCGUGCGUCGGCCUCUAGAGAAGCGUGAAUCCGCUGAUGGCAAGGCGCCCAGCGCAGACGAAGAGGGUAUGAUCAUGCAAGAAGAGCAGGAAGUGCAAAACGCCACUUUCUUAUUGCGGCUGCUGAAGCUGUAG